UGCAUAGCCAAUGACGCACACACGCCCGGUACGUUUUCUUGUUUAGCAACGUGGAUUGCUGCUGCCCACACUAGCUAGCUGUUUUGGGGCUGUAAAGCUACGUACGACGGCUUCUGAGCAACUGUUUGGGAACUGAGAAUACUUAUUUUUAUUAACUUUAAAUCAGAAUUUAGAACAUGGCCGAAAGCGACUGGGAUACUGUUACUGUCCUGAGGAAGAAGGGCUCUGCGGCACAGUCGAAGUCCAAACAGGCUGUGACUGCUGCCAUGAGAAAAGGCGAAGAUGUGGAAACGUCGAAGAAAUGGUCUGCAGGACAGAACAAGCAGCACCUGGUGACCAAGAACACGGCGAAGCUGGACCGUGAGACGGAGGAGCUGCACCACGUCAGAGUCCCACAUGAGGUGGGCAAGGUCAUCCAGAUUGGCCGCGCCAACAAAGGCCUCACACAGAAAGACCUGGCUACUAAAAUCAAUGAAAAGCCUCAGAUAAUCGCGGACUACGAGGCGGGAAAGGCCAUCCCAAAUAACCAGAUAAUGAGCAAAAUUGAGCGUGCUAUUGGUUUAAAAUUGCGUGGAAGGGAGAUUGGGCAACCUAUGGAGCCAGGCCCCAAGAAGAAAUGAGGAUUAAAACCUCGAAGACACAUUCUUCACUUUCGCCUUUAAUUUCAUCUGGAAAGUCCUGACCAAAGACAAGGUGACGAGGUUUAAGGCGUCCAAGCUAACUGUCAUGAGAGUAUGGCCUAAGGCUUUGAAAUACACUGCAUUGUCAAAAAUCACACGCACUGCAAAAAGUCCUUGUCUCGCAUUUUGUUAACUUAAGUUAAUUCACCGUGGAUGAGAAGAAUCUUUAGGUAAAUCAAUGCAGGCACUUCGUCAGAUAAUGAUCAACUGUUGUUCAUUUAUGUGAAGAAGUGGACUUGGGUGAAAGUCAUUGAAUGUCUUCUAACACAAUAAACACAGCAUUUUGAUUAC